CUUUGUAAACAGCCACUUUCAAGUUGGCAAGGAUAUAUUUUUUUUUAAAAAAGGAUUGUCUGAGCUUACUCAGCAGAAUACGCAGCAGCUGUUGAGGAAAUGUGGCUGCUGUCCAGGUCAUUUGAUGCCCGGGCAUCGCUGUGACUGGAGAUCUUAGCUGAUCCUUUGCCGUGCUGCUCAGCCAGUAGGUGUCCAUCGGCAAGAGCGAAAAUUGCAACAGGAACCACAGUGCUGAAGGUCCUCAAAAGGAUGUCCUCGCUCACAGAGAUGAAGGAGAUCUUCCACAACGCCGACGCCGUUUGCUUCGAUGUCGACAGCACGGUCAUCCGAGAGGAAGGCAUCGACGAGCUGGCCAAGUUCUGUGGCGUUGGAGAUGCGGUGGCAGAAAUGACACGCAGAGCUAUGGGCGGCUCAGUAACAUUCCAGGCAGCUCUAACGGCACGGCUGGGCCUCAUCCGACCAUCCUAUGAACAGGUGCAGAAGCUAAUAUCAGAGCAUCCGCCUCAGUUAACUCCAGGAAUCAGGGAACUGGUCAGCCGACUCCAUCAGCGAGGCGUCCAGGUCUUUCUCGUCUCAGGAGGGUUUCAGAGCAUCGUGGAUCAUGUUGCCAUGCAGCUGAACAUCCCGACAGCCAACGUGUAUGCCAAUCGGUUGAAGUUCUACUUUAAUGGGGAGUAUGCAGGCUUUGAUGAGACGCAGCCGACAGCCGAGUCUGGUGGCAAAGGAAAAGUGAUUAGCUACCUCAAAGAGCAGUUCCAGUUUAAGAAGGUUGUGAUGAUUGGAGAUGGAGCCACAGACAUGGAAGCCUGCCCCCCUGCGGACUGUUUCAUUGGAUUUGGAGGCAACGUGGUACGGAAACAAGUAAAAGAAAAGGCCAAAUGGUACAUCACUCACUUCGAUGAGCUGUUGAAAGAACUGGAGGAGCGAUAAAUUAUAACAAAAACUAGUCUUAUUUUAUUAACAUUCGUCAUAGAUAGAUGUAUAAUGAUGCAAUUAAACAUGUUCUUAUUGUUGUUUGCAA